AUGGUAUCAACCCUCUCGUCAAAACUCGGCCUUGCCGACAUCACUGACAAGUUGCCUGGGUCGCGAGUCCUACUUCGAGUGGAUUUUAACGUGCCUAUAAAGGAUGGGUCCGUCCGAGACUGCACGCGCAUUAAAGCAACCAUACCUACUAUUCAGUUCCUACUGGAUCAUGGCGUACAUUCGAUUGUUUUAAUGUCUCACUUAGGAAGGCCUAAUGGAGAACGUGUGGAAAAGUACUCGUUACGUCCUGUGGCUGCAGAAUUAUCCAAAGCUCUCAACAACAGAAAGGUGGAUUUCUUAGAUGACUGCGUUGGACCUGUGGUUGAGAAGUUUUGUCAGGAAGCUCCUUUGGGUACCAUAGGGCUACUUGAAAACCUGAGAUUCCAUGCUGCCGAGGAGGGUGUAAAAGAUAAGGUUAAUGUCGAUGGCAAAGUUAUUGAGGACUUCCGCAAAAGCCUAAGCAAACUGGGUGAUAUAUAUGUAAAUGAUGCCUUCGGCACCGCUCACAGAGCCCACAGCUCCAUGGUUGGUGUCGAUGCGCCGUUGAAGGUUGCAGGCCUACUUAUGAAGAAAGAGCUGGACUAUUUUGCAAAAGUUCUGGAAACUCCACGUAGGCCCUUUUUGAGCAUUCUCGGUGGAGCGAAGAUCUCUGACAAGAUUCAACUGAUAGAAUCGCUUCUGGAAAAGGUGGAUGUAAUUUUCAUUGGUGGUGGCAUGGCCUACACUUUCAAGAAAGUGCUUCAUGGCAUGCCCAUAGGCAAAUCGUUGUACGAUGCUCCGGGCGCUGCAAUAGUCCCAGAUAUCAUGGCUAAGGCAAAAGAGAGGGGUGUGAAAGUGUAUUUCCCUGUUGAUUACAAGGCUGCCGCCGAUUUCUCUAACGAUGCGCCAUUCAAAAUGGUAACGGAGGAUGAGGGCAUUCCCGACGGCUGGGAAGGACUGGAUUGUGGGCCAAAAACAAGCGAACUGCUCAAAAGUGUCGUUGACGGGUGCCAGACCAUCGUUUGGAAUGGUCCCUUAGGUGUAUUCGAGUUUUCUAACUUUGCCGAAGGUUCUGUGGCUGCAUUGGAUAUCGUGGGGGAGGCGACAAAGAGAGGGGCCAUAACUGUGAUUGGCGGAGGUGACACCGCUUCUUUGGCAGAACAAACUGGGAGGUCACACUUAUUCAGCCACAUUUCCACCGGAGGAGGUGCAUCGUUAGAGUUGUUGGAGGGCAAGAUCUUACCUGGUGUAGCAGCCCUCUCCACCAAAUGA